AGCAGCAGCAGCAGCAACUCUUCCAGCUAUGAACACCCUGAUAGUCCUGAGUGCCAUCCUGGCCGUCGCCGUGGCUAAGCCCGGCUACCUUGGCACCGCCCCCGCCGCAGUCGUCGCCCCCGCCGCGUACGCCGCCCCCGCUGUCGUUGCCGCCCCCGUGCACGCUGGUUACGCCGCCUACGGCCCCGCCCCCGUGGCCGUGCGCUCCGACGGCUACCUGCUGGACACCCCUGCCGUCGCCGCCACCAGGGCCGCCCACCUGACCGCCGUCGCCCAGACGCAGGCCCGUGACGCCGUCAUCAACGGCGCCGCCCUCGCCUACGCUGCCCGCGCUUACGCCGCCCCCGCUGUGGCGUACGCCGCCCCCGCUCAUGUCGCCUAUGCCGCCCCCGCCGCCUACGCCGCCCCUGGUGCUCUCGCCGCCGCCGCCCACCUCCACGCUAAGAGGCACAUUUCAGCAGCAGCAGUAGCAGCAGCAGCAGCAGCAACUAUCCCAGCCAUGAACACCCUGAUCGUCCUGAGCGCCAUCCUGGCCGUCGCCGUGGCUAAGCCCGGCUACCUGGGCGCCGCCCCCGCCGCAGUCGUCGCCCCCGCCGCGUACGCCGCCCCCGCUGUGGUGGCCGCCCCCGUGCACGCCGGCUACGCCGCCUACGGCCCCGCCCCCGUCGCCGUGCGCUCCGACGGCUACCUGCUGGACACCCCUGCCGUCGCCGCCACCAGGGCCGCCCACCUGACCGCCGUCGCCCAGACGCAGGCCCGCGACGCCGUCAUCAACGGCGCCGCCCUCGCCUACGCCGCCCGCGCUUACGCCGCCCCCGCCCCUCUGGCCUAUGCUGCCCCCGGUGCUCUUGCCGCCGCCGCCCAUCUCCAGGCUAAGGCUGCUCUCCUGGGCUGAAUGUCAACUUCUGCUUUAAAAUGGUUGUAAAUAAAAAAAAAAAUUUA